AUGUCUCAGAUGGCCAUGUCAAGCCAACGGUCGUCUGUGUUUACAUUUGAGUCUACAGUGCAUUCCUCUCAUGUGUUGCGCUGGCUGGAUGAGCAGCGCUGCCGGGACAUGUUGUGUGACGUUACGGUGGUGGUGGAGGGUCAGAGUUUCAGAGCCCACCGCUCCGUACUGGCUUCCUGUAGUGACUACUUUGCUCAGAGGAUCUCUGCACUCACGCAGCAUGGAGCAGUUAUCACUCUGCCGGACGAGGUGACAGUAUCUGGCUUUGAACCCCUGCUGAAAUUUGCCUACACAUCCAAACUUCACUUUGGAAAAGACGAUGUCUUAGACAUACAAAACUCAGCCUCUGUUCUUGGUUUUCAAGACUUAGAUGAAGCAUGUUUUGAUUUCCUCCCCCCAAAGUUCUUUUCCAGAGAUAGCGUCCCUUUUCUUAGAAAGACCUGCUGUGAAAAGAAGUUGAAAAAGAGAUCAUCAAAAAAAGACUGUGCCACAGAUUCUGAUGAUAUGUUGUUGGAUGACAAAGAAGUAAAACCAGUUGCUGACUCAUCACCUGAGCAGGAAGCGGUUGAGGACAUAAAAAAAUCCGAGUGCAACAAAUUGGGAAGUCAGAACAGCGCAGAGUCUCUUGCACCUGUGACUGAAGAGAUCAAGGACCAUUUCACACAGUGUCCAAAGUACCGCAAAUUCCAGAUAGCCUGUGGGAAGGAAACUUGUGUCCCAAAAAGUCUAAAUCCGGCCAUGUCAGGAAUAAUGGACGAUUGUUCCCUCGCUUGCUUACCGUGCUCCAACAGUACAAAUCAAACUGGAAAUACAACCCUCAGCUCAUGCAGACAGAGUGGAGGAAGGGUGGAGGAAACAUGGCAAAUGGACGUACAUGAAAUCAAAGCAGAGGAUUGUGGGAACAUAUGGGGUGUUGAUGUGUUAAAGAAAGAAAGUGAGAACAAUGUUAUGAAGUUCAAAAAAGAGACUGAGCACAUAUCUGGAAUCAGCUCUUCAAAUAGUACGAAGACAGUGUUGUGUGAGAGCUCCUCAGCAUUAAGGCUGGACUAUAGUCCUCUCCGAAGCCGGGACAAUGACCCUGCAGUCACUAGGUCACUGGAGCAUGAGACAUUUGUCAUUGACAUUAAGAAAAGCAAUAAAGCAAGAAACUGGCCGCUAAAGCCAGACUCCAUUUAUCACAGCAUGCAGGUAGAAGCGGAGGGGAAAGGAGCUGAUAAUACCUGUAUAAACGGUGGAGAAGGAGGACAGAGAGGGAAUAUGAUAGGAGCAGUCACUACCUUUGAUAAUACCAGACUGAAAUGCACUGCGGAGAAGGAAGUGAUCGAGUACUUUCCCAAGGAGCUGGGCUCAGAUAAAGGAAACUCUCAUCCAAGCUCUCAGGACCCCGUGGCAGGACGCUCAACCGACACAGAGGGCAUGUGGGUGCAGAACUCAUCUUCUGACUGCCCAACACGCUCCAACAACUUCAGCUCUUCAGCAGGAAGCAGCUGCCCUUUUCUUCAGGAUCUGGACCAAUUAAAAUGCUCAUGGAGGCCAGCGGGCAUGUCUGAAUGUGAGGGAGCGUCUCAAUCGGGCGUUUCCUCGGUAAACUCAGGGGAGGAUGGAGACUCGGAGACAGAAACUGAGGGUGACAGUGAGUCCUCUGCGAGAGAGAGAGCUAGACAGGUGCAGUUGCCAUUUCCUGUUCAAUGGAUCAUCAAUUUGAGCCGAAAUGAUUUCCAACAGCUGCUGAAGCAACAUGUCUUUACUCGGGAACAGCUGGAUUUUGUCCAUGACAUGAGGCGCCGCAGCAAAAACCGCCUCGCAGCUCAACGUUGUCGCAAGAGGAAACUGGACUGCAUCUAUAAUCUGCAGUGUGAAAUCAACAAGCUGAAGACAGAGAGGGAGAAACUGAUGAUGGAGAAGAGCCAGCUGAGCCAGCUGAAGCUGAAAACUUGUCACAGUUUCACUGCCUUAUGCCAGAGGGUCUGCAAUAAAGCCAAUCUACAGGCCGAGCAGCUGCAGGUGUUGGCCAGACACAGCACCUCAGACUGCCCUCUGUCCUCUUUGUUCCCUCAGAUUGACACACUUCUAGCACAGCACGGAUUGCCUCUGAACCCUCAGACAUCUCUGCUGGCAUGUGCUGGGGGUCCUAAUGAGGGCUCUCAGGAGGAUACGUCUAGCUCCAGCAGGGAAACAGCCACGGGGCAACUUCAGCACUUUCAAGGCGAAGUCCACCCCGAUGGUGGCCCGGUAGUUUGUGGAGUAGGUCUGAUGGACGUAACGCCUGAUGAUGGAGGUCUUCCCGACCCCGAGAUCCCCGAUCACCAACACCUUGUACAGGUGCUCCUUCCGGAGACUCUGCAUGCCGUUGGAGUGCGAUGGGUGAUUGGUCAUUUCAACUGUCGGAUGUCAAGAGCAAACUUUGACUCCACGGCAGAGGGUUGUGAGUCUCCCUUCCCCUGUGUCCCGGUUCGUGAGGGCUCUGGGAACCGCCCUCCCCCGUCGGAGGCGUAA